UCCACUCAAAGAGUGAAUAAUUGAAACCCGAGACCUUGUUAUGCAGCCAAUACCUUCAAAAUGAAGUCAUCACCUUUGUAUUUGUAUUUUUGUACAAUUUUAUAUAAUUAAACCAUGAAUUACACCUCAUUGAAAACCAGGCAAAGGUUAUCGUUCCUGCUUCGAAGUUGCAUAACACAUUCCGCAGCUUUGCAAUGCCACGCCCAAAGCUUCGUCCAAGGUUUGCUCCCCAACGCCGUUCUCGAAACUGACCUCUUGUUAGUCUACUCUAAACUCGGCCUUCUCCGCAAAGCUCGCAAAGUGUUCGAUAAAAUGCUCGACAGAAGAAACAUGUACUCGUGGAACAUCAUGAUUGCCUCCUAUGCCCAGCAUUGCAUGUAUUAUGAUGUCUUAAUGGUUUUCCACGAGUUCAAGCACUGCUGCCUUAGGCCUGAUCAUUACACCCUGCCCCCGUUGUUCAAGGCAUCUGUGGGAGUGGACGAUGCUUGCAUUGGAAGCAUGUGCCACGGUUUGGUUAUAAGGAUUGGGUAUGAAGGAUAUGCUAUUGUGGCAAAUUCUCUGCUUGAGUUUUAUGUUAAGUUUGGGGCGAUGCCUCAGGCUUUUUGUGUGUUUUCGAACAUGUCAUGUAAGGAUUCCGUGACAUGGAAUUUGAUGAUCUCGGGAUUUGGAAGGGCCGGUUUGUAUUCGGAUGCAAUGCAUUGUUUCAGGGAGAUGCUAAGUUUGAAUGAGAUGAUGAGGGUGGAUUUCAUGACUCUUCCUAGCGUUAUUAAUGCUUGUGGAAAGGAAGGAGACUUGUUGAAAGUGAGAGAAGUUCAUGGCUAUGUAGUGAGAAGCUUUGGUUUUGAUGCAGAUGCUGCCAUUGGGAAUGCAUUGAUUGAUGUGUAUUGCAAGUGUGGAUGCUUGAAUGAUUCAGAAAAGAUUUUCAGGACCAUACGCCACGUGAACUUAGUCACGUGGACCACCAUGAUAUCUUGUUAUGGGGCACAUGGAAAAGGGGAGGAAUCUCUUUUGCUGUUUAAGAAGAUGGUAGAUGAAGGGUUUAGGCCAAACCCUGUUACACUCACAGCAAUCUUGGCCAGUUGUAGCCGCUCGGGUAUGAUAGAUCAAGGCAAGCACAUUUUCAGCUCAAUAUGUUCAGACUAUGGAUUUGAGCCUACUGUUGAGCAUUAUGCUUGUAUGGUGGAUCUUCUGAGCCGCUGUGGGUAUCUUGUGGAAGCACUUCAGUUGUUGGAAAGCAAGAAAUCAUCAGUGACAGGAAGCAUGUGGGGUGCCCUUCUUGCUGGUUGUGUAAUGCACAAAAAUGUUGAAAUUGGAGAAAUUGCAGCUCAUCGGCUAUUCCAAUUAGAACCAGAUAAUGCUAGCAACUACAUAGCUUUGUGUGGUAUCUAUCAAUCUCUUGGUAUGGUUGAUAGCUUGUUAAUUAUUAAAGAAAAAAUGAGGGACUUAGGUUUGAUUAAAAGUCCUGCUUGUAGCUGGAUCAAUAUUGCUGGAAGAACCCAUAUUAGACCACCUGUCCCAUCCUCUGGCUCAGAUGAUUUGCAAAAUAAUAUAUCAAAUUAGCUAAACUCUGUUAUUGACUAAUGAUUUGGGAGUAGCAAAUCUGCUACAUGUAGAUGAUACCUAGGUCAUUGGUUUGUACUUGUAGAGCAUUAGAGCCACUUCACUUGAUUAUGGCCAGGAGGGCUCAGUAGAAGAAUUUUAGUUGGAAAUUUGGAUCCUGAUGUCACAAAUGAUCGCAUGAAGCAAGUUUUUGGCCCGUAUGGAGAAUUAGUUGGUGUGGCAAUUCCAGUAGGCAAUUUUUUAUAUUUGAUAUUUAACUUUUGUGAAAUGUUUUUCUACUAUAGGCAGCUCUCUGAUUAUGCCCUCGUUUUUCAAGCAUCACGAGGUGUGCAGAAGGGGCACGAAUGGAUAUUAUAGACAUGCUCAGGGUUAUGCAAAUUAAAGUAUGCUCCUUCAGGACAGAAUCCCAGCAUGUAUGGUGUUCAGUUUUCCGGGGUAUGAUAGAUAAGUAGAUAUUAACCAUCACAGCUAGAGCUGUCAAAAUGGCCCUCAGCUCUCGGGCUGGCCCUGUUUGGCCCUCCUAAUCACCCCUUCUCAAAGACACACGGAGCUUCUCAAAACCAAAUCGGUAUGUGCACAAAACUAUGAAAAUCACCCCUUUUUCUGGAUUUUGAUUAUAGCUUGGAAACUAGACUUCAAUUUGCUUUUGAAUGGCUACGAUUAUGGUUAAAGUAUGGUUAUAUUCCUUGUCAGAUUUAUCCCCAA